CAACGCCUCUUGCCAGGAGUGUGCUCAGCACCUGGUAUUCUGGUCACUCCCCCUGGCCCUCCCCGUUAGUGAUAUUGGGCCUUGUUAAAGCUGAGCUCCUUGGCUUAAGCAUUUCAACUCUCUGGGAACAUUGAGCCCCUCUGAGUGUGGCCCCUCAGUGUGUCCACUGAGACUCUGUGCCAUGUCCUCUGAAUUACAGGGCCCUGGCCCAGCAUGGUGCCUAUUUGGGGUCUUGACUCUACUGCUGUGCCCUUCUGGCUUGUGUGAUUGCAAAAUGCCUCCCCUCAUUGACCAUGGAUUCUAUAAGGAUAUGAGUUCAUUUUUAUCCUUUACUACUAUGAUCCACUAUGAAUGUGAUGAAGGAUAUGUUCUGGAUGGAAAGGCUAAGAUCACCUGCUCACACUCACGUUGGUCAUCUCCAGCUCCUCAGUGUAAAGCUCUGUGUCUGAAACCAGAGAUAGAAAAUGGAAAGCUGUCUGUCGAUGAGAAUCAGUAUGUUGAGCAUGAAAAUAUUGCCAUCCUGAAUCAUUAUAUUGAACCUGAAAAUGUCACUGUUCAAUGUGACCCUGGCUAUGGUGUGGUUGGCCCCAAAACUAUCACCUGCACAGAGAACGGAACCUGGUACCCAAAGGUGCCCAAGUGUGAGUGGGAUAUGCCUAAUGGCUGUGAGAAAGUGUUUACAGGCAAAAAACUCAUGAAGUGUCUCCCAUCCCCAGAGGAUGUGAAGAUGGCCCUGGAGGUGUAUAAGCUGUCUCUGGAGAUUAAACAACUGGAGCAAAAGUGAGACUUGAAGAGGAAGAGCACCAGUUAGAAACUCAUACAUCUACCUGCCUCCCGUAUACAGCAUUUGGUAUACUAUAUUUUUCUCCAGGAAUUCUACUGCUCCUUAGGUACUAUUAUUCACUAGAGCAGAAUUUUUCAACCUCCUUUUUUAAUCUCAUGGCACAGUUGAACAUAUAGUGAAACUUCCACAGCACACUGAAAUUAUGUUGAUCAAUAAAAGAGAACUUACUGUGCUUUGAAUUUCUUUUGAAAAUAAUUUAAUUAAUGAUAUUUAAACAUUUUUUGCGGCACAUCUAAGAUCCUCUCACAUAACACCAGUGUGGUGUGGCAUAUGAGUUGAAAAUCACCACACUAGAGGAGAAAAUACUCAGUGUUACACUGAGCACAGUGGCUUGUACCUGUAAUCCCAGCUGCUCCGGAGGCUGAGGCAGGAAGGUCCCUGAGGUUAGAAGUUCCAGACCAGCCUGGGCAACAUAGUGAGAGCCCUUCUCUAAAAAAAGUUAAAAUAAAAAUAAGAAAUCAAUACACCUGUAGUCACAGAAAUUUGAGUAGCUAAAGGGCAGGAAGAUCCCUUGAACUUGGGAGUUUGAGGCUGCAGUGAGCUAUGAUCAUACCACUGCACUCCAGCCUGGGCAACAGAGUGAGACCCUGUCUCUUAUAAAUAAAUAAAUUAAUUAAGUGGUCCUGAUAAUAUGCAGCUAUUCAUGACUUAUAUCUUAGCUCAGUUUAAAUUUCUGCUUUCCUGGAUUUGGUGGAUUGGCUGAAACAAAUAAUUACCCAUCAAAAA